UAUAUAUAGAAGAAAUCUGAUCGAUCAUAAUGAUAUGCUUCAAGAAAAUUAAAGAGCAAUCCAAGAGGAAAGGAAAGCCAAUAAAGGAGGAGCAGCACCAAUGGCUUCUCCUUCUCGGUGUGUUUUCCCUUUCAUCUUUAUGCUAUUUCUUGUUGGAUGCUCUUCAAGAUCUCUUUACCCACUCCCUAACAGGAGACACAAUGGAAAUCGACAGCCCCUGCAAACUUUUCGCCCAUAUAACAUUGCGCAUAGAGGAUCAAAUGGUGAAAUUCCAGAAGAAACUACGGCUGCAUACAAGAGAGCCAUUGAAGAAGGAACUGAUUUCAUAGAAACAGAUAUUUUGGCCUCCAAAGAUGGUGUUCUUAUAUCCUUCCACGAUGUAUAUCUCGAUGAUACGACUGAUAUAGCUGAACACGAGGAGUUCAUCAACCGUAAGCGGACCUAUGAAGUUCAAGGGUCCAAUUUUACUGGCUACUUCGUAGUUGAUUUCACACUAAAAGAGCUAAAGUCGUUGCGAGUGAAGCAGAGAUAUCCUUUCCGAGAUCAGCAGUAUAAUGGAAAGUUUUCUAUUAUUACAUUUGAAGAGUUCAUUUCAAUUGCGCUGGACGCCGACCGAAUUGUUGGAAUAUAUCCCGAGAUGAAAAAUCCAGUAUUCAUCAAUCAAAGAGUAAAAUGGCCAGACGGUAAGAAAUUUGAGGACAAGUUUGUGGAAAUACUCAAGAAGUACAGAUACAGAGGUUCUUAUAUGUCUAAGGAAUGGUUGAAACAACCUGCUUUUAUUCAGUCAUUUGCUCCUACUUCUCUUCUUUACAUAUCAAACCAGACCGAUCUGCCAAAAAUACUUCUAAUUGAUGAUGUCAAUAUGCCGACUCAGGACACAAAUCAGGGGGCUUCGUUUGUUAUUCUAAUGCUAAGAAAACAUUAUGACUACUUGUGUCUCAGUCAUAUUGGGAAAUCACUUCAGACAAAUAUCUUGAUUUUAUCAAAGAAUAUAUCGUGGGGAUUGGACCGUGGAAGGAUACAUUGGUUACCGCAUCUGACAAUUAUCUGCGAAAACCUACUGAUCUUGUUGCCAGAGCACAUGCCCGUAAUCUUCAGGUGCAUCCGUACACUUUCCGCAACGAGAACCAGUUCUUACACUUCAACUUCAGUCAAGAUCCAUACAAAGAAUUCGAUUACUGGAUAAACGAGAUUGGGGUCGAUGGACUGUUUACAGACUUCACUGGCAGCCUCCACCAAUUUCAAGAAUGGACCUCUCCAUUAUCAACUGGAGAGAGAGAUGCAAAUAAGCUGCUAGAUAAGAUUGUCUUUAUGAUAUCAAAGUUCAAAACAAAAUAGUGUAACGACUUCACAAUAUGGAAAAAUAAAGUUGUGAUUUCAUGUACCAAAUUUGUUGUUUAUGGUCUGGAAAUGUGUAUUUGUUUGUCGAAUUUGCAUCUAAUAAUGCCAAAAGAAAAAUAUAUAUAUAAAACCUUGUUUUCUCGAACAUUUGUUCUGGGAAUAUUUCUGGAA